AUGGGGACGAGGUUUCGGCUUGGUCCAGUUCUUUGUGGCCAAAGAUAGCCUCCUGAAUCAGCCCAACAGUGUGCUUGGCCUCCUAUUUUACACUCUGCAGAUGGGCCUGGGUCAGUCUGUCAAUAACGUCAUCAGAUUACAGUGCCGUCCUUUAUGUCUGUUAUUCAUUAAGUCAACCAUAUCAACCAUUUUUUUAAUCAAUUAUUUUAAGAUUAAAUUAAUUACCAUUUUAAUCAAUUAAGGAGGUCCGAUUGGCCUUUUAAGUAGUUUUAAGAUUCAUUUUUGUCUGAUUUCCCUACUCAUCUGUUUUCCCAUUGUGUGGCACCACUCCAAGUAAGUUCUGUCAGUUUUUCUUUUUUUCAUUGCAGGAGAAACAGGGGACAAGAUUUAAAUCAAACGCUUUGUAGAAGAAUGUGUACUUGUGAUACACGUUUGUAAAUACAUUUGGCAAUUACACAGUCAAACCACAGGAGGGAGCCACAUGUACAGGGGGGCGAUUGUUGAGAUUUGGUUGGCUUCAUGAUAAGGAGGAUUGAUCUUGUUUGCACAAAAGGAACUUUGUUUCCUUUGAGGAAGGUUGGAACUGAAAAAUAUGUUGAUUAUCUACCACAAAUCAACCAUUUUACUGUCCGUCCCUUCGAUGAAUGACCUGAGAGCCGGUCUGUUAGACAGUGACAUACUAACAGGGUCAUUGGUUUCUGAAGUGUCACGUCUACCUCGUCACAUGUUCCAGUGCUGGCGGUUUCUCGGCUGCAGUUACAGAAGUGUCAAAUUUGUUUUAGAUCGUGUUUGUUUUACCUGGUUGUAAAUUGUUUAGUGAAUUUUCUCCAUCGGAGCUUUAAUUCUCAGAGAAAUUAGGACAGCACAUUGCAAGCUGUGUAGACCUGACAUUACAUUACUGGAUCCAUGUAGUCUUACACAUAAAAUAAAGCAAAAGGAUAGAAGGAACUAAACAAUUCUUAAAAGUCAUGGGGAGUGCCUCAGGGGAGGGGCCUCAUGGCAGGUGACCGGUUAACGGCUUUAAAGGCUGACAAAUCAGAACAGUGCAGUGAUCACAAAAUGUCUUUGAAGAAGUGGAUCUGUGUCUUGAUGGUGACCAGCUUUUUAUGGGCAGAAUCACAUGCUCAGCUUGAUGUGUGUGGCACGACUCCCCUGAUUAACAGGAUAGUUGGAGGUCAAGUCGCUCCAGUUGGAAAGUGGCCCUGGCAGGUCAGCCUGCAGCAAAAUGGCGGCCAUGUUUGUGGUGGUUCCCUUAUCAACAAAGAGUGGGUGAUGUCUGCUGUUCACUGCUUCUCCAGUGUCAGUACAUCUGGAUGGCAGGUUUCUCUUGGGCGUCAGAACCUGCAGGGCAUAAACCCAAAUGGAGUGUCCAGAACUGUGGCCAGUAUCAUUUUGCAUCCUCAAUAUAACCGUAGCACCAGCAACAACGACAUUGCUCUGCUCAGACUCUCCUCACCAGUCCAAUUCACAGACUACAUCAGACCUGUCUGUCUGGCAGCCAGUGACAGUGUGUUUAACACCGGUACUGGUAGCUGGGUCACUGGAUGGGGCGCAGUCCAGGAGGGAGUGCUGUUGCCGGUCCCUGAAGCUCUUCAACAAGUGCAGGUGCCGGUUGUGGGAAACCGACAGUGCAACUGUCUCAAUGACGUUGGUACUGUCACAGACAACAUGAUCUGUGCUGGUGUUCUGGCAGGAGGCAAAGACUCUUGUCAGGGCGACUCAGGAGGUCCAAUGGUGAACAAGAAGGGCUCCGUCUGGGUCCAGUCCGGAAUUGUUAGUUUUGGUACCGGCUGCGCUCGGCCCAAUCUGCUGGGAGUCUACUCCAGAGUGUCCAGGUACCAGUCCUGGAUCGACUCCCACAUCAGCUCUGAUAAGCCGGGCUUUGUCCAGUUCACCUCCAGUGGGCUGGAUGCUGACAGCAGCUACACCUGUCCUGGUCUGCCACCUCCUGUUACACCUGCUAAUACCACCACUAGCACUAGUGGUACUGCAGGAACAAACACAACAACAGAUCAAGCAUCCACAGCAUCAAGUUUAACAUCACCAGUGUGUGGCACAGCUCCAUUGAACAGUCGCGCCGUAGGGGACAGUGGUGUCGUACCUGGGGGGACCUGGCCUUGGAUGGUUCGUCUCCAUAAAAAUGGGGUCUACACUUGUGGAGGAACUUUAAUCACAAGAACAUUUGUUCUCACGUCUGCACAGUGCUUCUCUACCUCCAAUCCAAACGCCAGUGAGUGGAGAGCGUUUCUUGGCAGGAGUCCUGUGAACCUUCCUGGAGAGUUUGCGAUUUCCCUUGGCAUUGUGAACAUCACCGUGAGCAAACUGGCUGGUUCUAAUAUUGGUCUGUUGCAGCUCAUCGAUUCAUUGAGCUACACAAAUAAUAUCCAGCCUGUGUGUAUAGAUGUUGCCGCUUCCAGGACCUUCCCCAUUGGAAGUCAAUGCUGGGUGGCAGGCUGGGAGAAGAGCACAGAUAUAGUUAGCUCCAUCCUUCGAGAUCUCGAAACUCAGGUGGCAAAUUGUGGAAAUGUUUCAGAUUUAGAAAACAUUUGCACUUUUACAAUCAACCUUCAAGAGGAGGAUCAGGGCAGCCCUCUGCUGUGCAAGUCCGACUCAUCCUGGUUUCAGGUGGCAGUCGUAACGAUAACUGGAAAGAAAUCUGUCCGCGCUGAUGUUCAGGUCUUUGCCAAAACUUCAAGAUUUGGGUCCUUCCUAAGGGAGACGGUUGGCGACAUCCCGUCUCCUGCAGCGGCAGCAACAGGGAAUUUAACAGCAGCAACGGUGGAUUUAACGGCAGCAACAGGGAAUGCAGAAGGUUUCUCACCUUUGCUUUUGCUGUCUUACGCUGUGCCCGUGGCCUCAGUGUUUCUCUUAUCGGGACUUUAGGACUUUAAGCGUUUUAAGGUUAUUGCUGUCCUAAACUCUCUUAAAUGCAAUUACAAUGUUCAGGUCAGUUGUCAUGCCCUUCCAAGUCUAUAUUUGUAUAAACUGAUUUUAUUGAAUAUGAAUAAAUUAAAGAGGGAAAUGUGUUUUACUGAAUCGAAUGAAGGACAACUCCUAUAAUGUUUUCUAAAUCCUGUGAUGAAUGUGAUUAUGAUGUAUAAUAAAUAACGAUGAAGCAUAAACUCUGUGACUUACUGCGAUGUAUGAAUUUGAAAUGCAGUAUAUCAAUUUUUACAUUUAAAAA